AUGGACUAUGACAUUGCUCUAAAAUGGGAUACGCUUGAGGAACCUGCUGCAAAUGCGACUACAGAUGUCAAAAGGAGAUAUGAAAAAUGGGAAAAGGCUAACAAGAUGGCUAUACUGAUUAUGCUUAGAACCAUGACACCAUCCUUGAGAGGUAGCGUUCCAAGAUCAGAAAAUGCAAAAGAAUUCCUUGCUGCCAUUGGUCUGAAAUUCAAAGAAACUGAGAAAGAAGAAAAGUACCUUGUUGGACAAAUUAAUUGA